UGGUUUGGGUCCCCGCUACCGGGCGAUCCCGGGGUCUGGGAAGGCCCACUAGAACGUGCAAACUUUUUCCCGCGGCGGUAGCCGGCUCCGUGCAGCAUUGCUCUGCUCGGGUGCUCCUUCCAUCCUGUGGAGGGGGUGGAGGUCGCUGGGUUCCGGCGACGCGGGCAGGCGGCAGCGAGACUCCCAAGCUAUCGGCCGGCUCUGGGAAAGGGCAGCGAGAGGGGAGGAUUCUUGAGAAUUCUUCUGCGGCAUGGUACUUUGAGUGAAUGACCUCCUUGGAGACCAUUCCUCUGCUCCCCCUGCUACCAGCCAGGAGGCAGAAGAUUCCACAGGUUCAGGAAAGGCCCAUUGCCCCUGACCUUCCAGAAACGACCUCAUGCUUGGGCGAUCAGGAUGACUGGGAUUCUUGCAUUCAGUGUCCUGCUGCUACUGAGGCUGUGUGGACAUAUUGCUUCAGGAGGUCAGCCUGUGUCUACAAGCACUCCUGGAGCUUUGAAUUAUGAAUUGCCUACCUCAGAGUAUGAGACCCAAGACACAUUCAACACUGGGGUUGUUGGCCCUCUCUACCAAAUGGUACACAUCUUCCUCCAUGUGGUCCAGCCGAACGAUUUCCCUGUAGAUAUGAUCAGAAAAAUCGUACAGAAGGAGUUUGACUUCUCAGUUGAUUCAAAGGAGCCAGAAAACAUAGUCUUGGCUUUGAAGAUGGUCUACUAUGAGAUCGGAGUUCUUAUCUGCACCGUCCUGGGACUGCUGUUCAUUAUCCUCAUGCCUCUGGUGGGCUACUUCUUCUGUAUGUGCCGUUGCAGUAACAAAUGCGGCGGGGAAAUGCACCAGCGGCAGAAGCGCAAUGAGCCGUGCCGGAGGAAAUUCUUUGCCGUUUUGCUCCUGGUGAUUUGUCUGCUCAUGAGCCUUGGCAUCAUGUAUGGUUUUGUGGCCAACCACCAGGUAAGGACCCGGAUCAAAAGGACCCAGAAACUGGCAGAGAGCAAUUACAGAGACUUACAAAUACUCCUAAAGGAAACCCCAAAGCAAAUUGACUAUAUACUGGCUCAGUACACCACCACCAAGGACAAGGCCUUCUCAGACCUGGAUGGUAUCGAUUCCUUGCUGGGAGGCAGAAUAAAAGACCAAUUAAAACCUAAUGUAAUUCCUGUUCUCAAUGAGAUUAAGGAUUUGGCUACCGCCAUCAAGCAGACUAAGGUUGCCCUGGAGAACAUGAACAUCAGCCUGAAGAUCAUACAAGAUGGAAACACACAGCUCAGCACCAACCUGACCACUUUGAGAAACAGCAUCCAGAAUUCACUCAACAGCAGUGACUGUGCUUCGGACCCAGCCAGCAAGAUCUGUGGUAGCAUCAAACCAGGGCUAAGCAAUCUGGAGAGCAACCUCAACUCAAGUCAGCUCCCGUCUGUGGAUAGAGAACUCAAUACUGUUAACGACAUCUACAGUACUGAUCUGGAGAGCGUUGUCAAAAGGGGAUAUACGUUCAUCGAUGAGAUACCUGAUAAGGUACGAAACCAAACCGCGGCUGUCAUCGCAGAUGUCAAACAGGCCUUGGAUUCCAUCAGCUCCAACAUUAAGAAUAUGAGCCAAAGUAUUCCUAUUGAGGAGGUGUUGGUUGAGGUCUCCCAUUACAUUAAUAACAGCAACAGUUACUUCCACAAGGAGCUGCCCAAACUGGAAGAAUAUGACUCCUACUGGUGGUUGGGUGGCUUGAUUGUCUGCUUCCUGCUGACCCUCAUUGUGACCUUCUUUUUCCUGGGCUUGCUGUGUGGUGUGUUUGGCUAUGACAAGCGUGCCACCCCAACCAGAAGAGGCUGCGUGUCCAACACUGGAGGCAUCUUCCUCAUGACUGGGGUUGGACUCAGCUUCCUUUUUUGCUGGAUAUUGAUGAUCCUUGUGGUUCUUACUUUCGUUGUUGGUGCAAAUGUGGAAAAGUUGCUCUGUGAACCUUACGCAAACAAGAAAUUAUUUCAGGUCCUGGACACUCCCUACCUGCUAAGAGAACAGUGGCAAUUCUUUCUCUCUGGCUUGAUCCUUAAAAACUCAAACAUUAACCUGACAUUUGAACAAGUUUACAGGGACUGCAAAAAAGGUCGAGGUGUAUAUGCUACCUUUCAGCUUGAUAAUGUCUUCAACAUCAGUGAGAAUUUCAACAUUGAGAAGCAUACUGGAAACAUAAUCAAGGAGCUGGAAAACCUGAAUGUGAAUGUUGAUAACAUUGAACUGUUGGACAAAGCAAAAAGGAAAACCCUACAGGACUUUGCACAUUCGUGGAGAGAUGCAAUCGAUUACUCCAAGUACUUGAAGGAGGCUGAGAAAUCUCCUACCAAAGUGGAUCUGCUGCCAUUUGCCUCUUCUCUGGAAGAAAAGGCAAACAAGUUGCCUGAAGGAAAGUUGAAACAGGCCUUGAAAACAGAUGUACAGAAUAUUAUAGCCAUUCACCAGCAGCAAGUCCUUCCUUUGCAGCAAUCACUGAAUGAUUUAAAACAAAGUGUCUGGACCCUUGAGCACACGAGUGAUAAAUUGCCGGAGAAAGUGAACAAGGUCAUCGCAUCUGUGGAUUCUGCUCAGAACUUCCUCACCACUAACAUUUCCUCCGUCGUUAUUGGGGAAACACAGAAGUAUGGGAGAACAGUAACAGGCUAUUUUGAACAUUACCUGCAGUGGGUCUUGUACGCCAUCACAGAGAAGAUGACAUCCUGCAAACCCAUGGUCACCGCGAUGGACUCUGCUGUGAAUGGUGUUCUGUGUGGCUAUGUUGCUGACCCUCUGAAUUUGUUCUGGUUCGGCAUAGGAAAGGCCACAGUGCUCUUGCUUCCUGCUGUAAUCAUCGCUGUCAAGCUGGCUAAGUACUAUCGCAGGAUGGAUUCAGAGGACAUAUAUGAUGAUGUUGAAACUGUACCCAUGAAAAAUUUGGAAAACGGUAGUAAUGGUUAUCAUAAAGAUCAUUUAUAUGGUGUUCACAAUCCUGUUAUGACAAGCCCGUCUCGUUACUGACAACUGAAGUCAAAAUUGCUUAAGCAUCAAGACAGUUGAAGUGGAAAGCAUCCCAGACUUUGGAUAGUUUCUGAAUCUUCUAGAACUUUCCAAGUCCCAAAAGAAUCAUGGUGGCAAGUGUGGAGACUCAGGCGGGCACUGAGAACAUGGCACCAGUGGUCUUAGGGUAACACUUGGUCAGGAAUAAACAGUCAUGGUGAUCAUCCAUGUGUCCAUCGCUAUUCAAGAAUGGCUCUCCCCUGGGUUUUUUGGUUGUUUUUUUUUUUUUUUAACCUUUUUACACUGAAUUUCUAUUUAGACACUAAAACAUAUGGGGGUGCUUGUUCCCCAUGGAUACAUUUAUCUUUGAGCCAGCUAUUUGGAUAUCAUAGCUGGGUACCUAACUUACUUCCAUAUGUGGAGUGUGCUAAACACCAACCAGUUUACAGAAAAGAUGUAUUUUGUGUAUAGUAAAUUGUGUAUAUACUCUUUUACCACAGUCGGAGUUUUUUAAACAAAUGAGUACUCUAGAUUUUUCUCCUAAACGAGGUUACUGUUACUUGCUAGUGCUGUGGAAAGGAUUCUGCGUGCACCAAAAGUGUGUGGACCCUGCAGCAGGCACAUCCUUCCUUGUGGAUUUCCCUCUGCUUGUGCUGGUCUGCCUGUUCGGGAGAGGGAUACCUGCUUGACACCACGGGCAAUCCAGAACAGAGAGACCUUGAGAGAAGGAGACACCACUCAGCUGGAAGUGGAGUCAUUUUCACAGACACCAGUCCUGGUUCAUACUUCAGUGGCACUUUCUAAUGUAUAAGGAUGGCCAUUUCUAAGCUCAGUAUCAUCUGAUUACCAGUGGGAUUCUAAAAUGAGGUGCAAGAGUUCCUGUUACAAUUCUGAGAUUUGAAAUAAAGCGUGGAUGAAUGGA